UGCUGAGCAUAUGUUUUUGAUGAAAACACAAGAAAAGGAGGGAAAAACUGGCAAUUGUUUGUAACUUGUUUGUUUUGCUGUUAAAACCCAAACCAAACCCAAGAUGGGUGGCGGAGAUCUAAAUCUUAAGAAAUCAUGGCAUCCGCACACGAUGAAAAACCAGGAGCGCGUUUGGAAGGCGGAGGAGCAAGCGAAGAUGGAGGAGCGCAAGCUGCAGGAUCUGCGCAAGGAGAUCAACGAGGAGCGGGACAGGGAGGAGCUGAGACGAUUGGGUGAAAGUUCGGGAGUGCUGAGCAAUAAUGGCGGAGCCGCCGGCGAAGCCAAGCUGGAGUGGAUGUACAAAAAUAGCACAGAGCUGAUCAACCGCGAGGAGUACCUCUUGGGCCGCAAGAUCGACAAGUCCUUUGAGACCCUGCAAGCGGAGGAGAGCCGCCAGGAACAGAGCACGGUGGGUCUCAAGCAGUCCAUCAACCAUGUGGAGCACGACUGUGUGCCCUUCUCCAUUCGGACGUAUCGCAAUCUGCAGUCCAACGAACAGGUGGACAUACAGCGCAAGACGCUCGAGGAUCCCCUGAUGCUCAUCAAGCAGCGCGAGAUGGAAUCCCGCCGUAAACUACUGGAGAAUCCCGUCAAGCUAAAGGAAAUCCAUCGCAUCCUCAAGACUGAACAGGAACAAAAGGCAGCCAAGGAGAAGAAGGUCAAGAAGAGCAAAAAGUCUAAGAAAUCCAAAAAGAAGAAAAAGAACCGACGAUCCAGCGAUGAUGAAAGUGAUGACAGUGAGAGCAAUGAUAGCGACGAUGACUUGGACAGAAAAUUAGCCCGCCAAGUAAGCAAACUAAAGGGUGACCAAGGAGACCUUAAACUGGACAAGCUGCUGGACGCCCAGUACCGCACCAUUUCCAAGCAAUUAGACAUGGCUACAAAGAAAAAGAGCAAGAAAUCCAAGAAGAAAAGCAGCGAUAGGAGUGACGAAAGUAGUGACGAAGAGGUAAAGCCGAAAAGGCAAAGAUCUAGGGAACCAGAGCCCAGGAGAAAGAACAGGAGGAGCCACAGCUCUGAAGACAGAACUCAGAGGGAAAGACGCCGGAGCAGAAGUCCCCGGGAUAGAAGAAGACGACAGAGUAGAAGUCCGGAACAAAGGCAGAGGCAACGGAGUCCAGACGAGAGAAAGGAACGCCGUAGGAGCAGAAGCCCCCGGGAUAGAAAAAGACGACAGAGCAGUAGCCCGGAACAAAAGCAGAGGCAACGGAGUCCAGACGAGAGAAAGGAACGCCGUAGGAGCAGAAGUCCUUUAGCGAGAAGGGAGAGACGAACCAGGAGCCCAGAGGACAGAACAACCAGACGCCAUCGCCCAGAAGAAAGCAAGCAAAGUUCAAAGCAGCGCGAGAAACGCAGGAGCGGGACACCUGAAGAGCGUUCCAGGUCACGACGCAGCAGGAGUCGAAGUUCGAAAAGAGAUGAAAAACGAAGAAUCGCAGAAAAGCCGCCCCAACGAAAGGAAAGGGAAAACAGUCCUUCUGCCAGUCGUCCCACCGGCAAGCCUAAGCUAAGCGCAGCCGACAGAGAAGCUCGUCUGCGCGAGAUGAUGGACAACGCCACUUGGAGGGAAGCUGAUCGCACCCAAGUGGUGCGCAAACACCGGGAGGCCUACGCCCGCGAGGAGGCCCAAAACCGUGAACGAGACUUCGACAAGGAGUUCAUCAACAAGGAGGUUAAGAAGGCCAUUGCCAAUCACAGCUCCAUAGGCGAUCGCAUCCGUGCCAAUCUCAACAACAUACAGCGCACCGCCUCCUCAAUGGACAGCAACUUUGCCCGCAAAUAAACUAGGAUUCCUUUAUUUCGUAUGCAUUAUAUGGUUCCGCAACAAAUAGAUUCAACACUUUUAAA